GUGACAGUGGGGGUGCUGGUAGGGUGCAUGAUGAGGUCCCAGGAGAGUAGCAGCGUGCUGGAGUGAGUGGGGUUGGAGGUUGUGUGUUUAGGGUCCUUCUGGGUCUGUACCACUUCUGGAGCUCAGCUCUUGCUCAGCUCAGACUUGCCAUUCAUAAGCCUAUGCGUUUUAGCAGGUGCACUUGAGUGCCUGUCAGUUUCAUCCCAGUUUCCCUUGCAAGGUGCUUGCAGCCACUGCAGAUGUUGAGUUUUACUUGCAGCGUCUUGCAGGGUUUUAUUCUGUGUGCAAAUGAGGAAACCUGCCAGCACACAAGAUGUAUGCAAAUUUGUUUGUGUAUCCUUAUAGCAACGAAUGUAUAUGCUUGCUCCGGGAAUGAUGAGUGGGAUAGAACAGAAGAUAAAUCUUGAAGCCCUAAUUAAAUGGGUAGCAGCAGUGGCGUCUUCUUCCAAUUCACACCCACUGCACAUAUGGACCUUGUCCUUAUAAAAUGGGAUUAGACACUAGCUGAGUCAUAUUUGUGAAAGCUGUCAUGCUUCCCUGAAUAAAAGCUCAAUGCAAGAGGCUGCAACCAAAACUUGGUCCCUUCAACGACUGGAAGUGGGUACUUUUUCAUCCAUCAGAAUGUUGGAAAUAUCCUCUUUUCCGUGGUAUAAUAAUGCAUUUGUUUCUAUCCCUCCGAUGGCGAAAGGAAGAGACUAAUGAAGCAGAAGUCAACUGAAUCUCUUGUAUAAUACUGAAACACGAUGACAUUGGUGCCUGUGGGAUAUGGAAAUCAUGACAGUAUCUAACAUGAUUGAGAAAGACAUGAGUGGACAAUGUGGCCCAGUUUCUGUAGACUACAGGUUUUCUGCAUGAUCCUGGCAGUGUUGGCUAUUCUGGUGUUGGUCUACAACUUCCGUCAGUUAGAGCACUUGGAUCACAACACUGUCUCGGCGUUAAAUUGGAUAAAAGAGACCGGUGACCAACAGUCGUCGUCGCCAACAACUAAAACUACCCAAAAGCACUACUGUGAUUAUGAACAUCAAACUUUGUCCAAAAGAGAACAAGCUGAAGAGGAAUCCUUAUUUGCUGCUAUACAGUGGCCAAAUCCCCCUGUAGGCAAAAUCCCAUUUAUAAGAAGCACUGAUCCUGCCCACAGCAACUUUGUGAUUGUGAAUUCCCAUGUGCGCUUCAAGGUGGGAGAUCAGUUAGAGGUGUCUGUCCACAUGAAGGAUUUUCAAGGCAAACCAAAACAGUAUGGUGGAGACUACAUACAGGCGAGAAUUCACUCUCCUCUACUGAAAGCUGGAGCAACGGGAAGGGUUGUAGAUGAUCAGAACGGGUUUUACAAAGUCUUUUUCACUCUACUUUGGCCAGGGGAGGUCAAAGUAUCUGUGUCUCUGGUCCACCCUAGUGAAGGGAUACAAGUCCUGCAGCGCUUACGGGAAGAAAGGCCAGACAGAGUCUACUUUAAAAGCUUAUUCAGGUCUGGUAGUACUUCAGAAACCACUGUUUGCAAUGUGUGUUUGCCUGGAGAUCUUCCUGUCUGUAACUUUACAGACCUCUACACUGGUGAGCCAUGGUUCUGCUACAAGCCGAGAAAACUGUCCUGUGCCAGCAGAAUCAACCAUGCCAAGGGAGGAUAUCAAAAGGGCCUUCUGACACCUUCUGAGAGUCUCUUUUUCCAAACUGAUGUGAAUAUCAAAGUGCCAAUACUUCCCAGUGGCCCCGAUUCAGUGACUGUAGAACCCUUAGGAUUUACAGAAUCAGCCAAUCUGGACAGAUCUCAGGGCCCAGCUGUUUUCCCUUUGGGUUACUAUUACCAAGACAAGUGGAGGCCAAGAACAAGUUGGAUCCGACAUUUUAACAAGACAGCUGAUAUUAGUGAAUGCUUACAAGGAAAAGUAGUCCACUUCUUUGGUGAUUCUACAAUAAGACAGUGGUUUGAAUAUCUGACCACGUUUGUUCCAGAUCUAGUGGAAUUUAACCUUGGAAGUCCUAAAAACGUAGGUCCUUUUAUGUCCGUGGACCUGAAGCACAAUGUCCUGCUGAAGUUCCGCUGUCAUGGGCCACCCAUUCGCUUUACCACUGUCUUCAGUAGCGAGCUACGCUACAUUGCCAAUGAGCUAAAUGGCAUUGUAGGCGGAAGAAACACUGUGAUAGCCAUAACCAUAUGGUCCCACUUCAGCACCUUCCCUGUGGAGGUGUACAUCCGAAGACUGAGGAACAUUCGCAGGUCCAUCGUUCUACUGCUGGAUCGCAGCCCCAAAACUCUGGUGGUCAUCAGAACAGCCAAUGUUCAGGAGCUUGGGCCAGAAGUGAGUCUCUUCAACAGUGACUGGUAUUCCUUUCAGCUUGACACAAUCAUGAGGAAGAUGUUCUCAGGAAUUGCUGUGUUCUUUGUGGAUGCCUGGGAGAUGUCUCUGGCCCAUUACUUGCCACACAACUUGCAUCCACAGGACGUCAUUAUUAAGAAUCAGAUAGAUGCAUUCCUGUCUUUUGUUUGUCCUUUAGAAACUUAGCACAAUCAGUGGAGAGGAGCCCCAUGACAUAUAUAUCGUGUUUUGCUGUAGCAUAACCAAAUCAUUCUCUGUCAGAGCUAUAAAAUGAAGCUACAGGCAAACUGUAUGGUUACUGUUCCCACAUGUGAUCUCAGUUGCUUGGCCAUGGAGACAGAUGACUGUGAGUGGCAGUAAAUUGGAAUGGCCUAAUUCUGACCACUUUUAUAUCUUCCUGUAGGGAUGGUUCCUCUUGACCUUGUAAUUUGUCUCAGAUUACUAGGGUGCUCCUUAAAUCAAAACUACAAGACUCACUACAGAAGUACUUAAAUAAUUAGCUUUAUUAAUUGUCUGCACUGCAUGAAUAUUCAUACAGCACUGAUUCAGUUCCCAAAGUCCUUUCUCACCAUCCAGAGUACUGUGUGAAACCUGGGAAGGAUUGUUUGGGAACAGCCUUUCUUUGGUUGUUCCAAAGUGGUUUUGGGUAUCUAGAACAACCAAAUAUGUUUCAUAUUGUGCUUCUUUGAUUGAAGUAAUCUGGGGAUACCUUUUCCAAAGUCCUAAUCAGGAAUCUAAAGGGGAUGUCCUAAAGCCACUGGAUCAGUCCAGGAAGCACAACCUAAAAAGCUUGCAGAAUUAUCAGAAUAUCUAUUGGACGUGUCGGCAUUGAUACAGCAUAUUAAUCAACCAUCCACAAUGUUUACAGAAUGGCUUCUAAAUAAUACAAAUAGCCAGCACCAGUAGUAGGUAGUUUCUUCAGCAGCAGCAGCAACAUUGCAAUAACUCAUUGGAAGUUUGAUAUUAAAAUGUUUGUUUUCCCCUCUUGUCAUGUG